AUGGAUUACCUGGGAGACAAACUCACCGUGGCCCAGAGCCACAUGACCCAGUGGAUGGGGACCGUGAGGCGCUCCUUCCAGGAGGCACUGAACUUGGUGACCACGGCUGUGGCCCACGAGAGGACUAGCGGCGAGGGGCCCGGCAGGACCCCCUUCAAGCGGACGGCUUCCUUCCGACACUUUGCAUCCCGAAGUCGGGAGUCCUUCCGAAGGUUCUCUGUCCGCAGCCAACAAAGAUUCUCUUCGCUAAGGAAGAGGCAGGCCAGCUCAGAGCCCCCCGACCUCGUAAGCUUUUCCUUCCUCCUAGAGCGAACUGAAACCUAUCCCAAACCUUGGGGCAAUCUAGUAUCUGGAGCUGGGUCAAAGUUUUAUGGCCCUUGGGCCAUCAGAGCGCAAUCACAUGAGAAUAAUGCGUCUCCUUCUCCCGACAGCAAUGUCACUUCGGUCCGAAAACAGCCUCCCAGUAGCCGGCUUUCUUCCCUGUCAUCCCAGACGGAGCCAGCCUCCCCCGCAGAUCCCGGUGACUCCUCCAGGGAUCAAAGAAGCACAAGCCUGGACCGUUCCAGCACAGACUUGGAUUCAACCGAUGGGACAGAGGGAGCUCCCUCUUCAGACACUGCUGGCCUGGAGGGGAAGGUGGACGACUUCUCCUUCAUCAAUCAAACCUCGGUGUUGGACUCGAGCGCCCUGAAGGCCCGCGCCCAGCUCAGCAGGAGGAAUCGGCGCCGGGCCCCGAUCUCGCACGCCCUCCGCAGGAGCCGCGUCGGCGAGGCCGAGAACCAGUCCUCCUCGGUGGAAGAGGCCGACAGUGCCUGGAUGUUUAAGGAUUCCACAGAAGAUAAAUUGGCCAAGAAGGAGGAGUCGGACGAAGAAGGGAAGCCGCCCAGGUCAGAGAGGACUCCAGUGAGCCAGCCCCAGCGGCUGCCCAUCUUCCCGGGCGUGGAUCCUUCCGUGCUCAAGGCUCAGCUUCGGAAACGGAACGAGGUGGACAGCCCCGGGGACGGUCAGGCUUCCGCCCAGCUGUCAAAGUCUCCCAAAUCUCCUUUCCAGCCAGGAGUGCUGGGCAGCCGUGUGCUACCCCCGAGCAUGGAGAAGGAGGAGAGGUCAGAAGAAAUGUCUCCACAGUGGCUGAAAGAUUUGAAAUCCAAGAAGAGGCUGAGCCAGUAUGAAAAUCAAGCUUGAAAAGGUAAAAGAACGCUGAAGUCUCAUUAACAGAAGCCUUAAUUGUCCGAUCCUGAAGACAAAGUCCUGCUGCUCUCGUUUGCUUCCUGCCUCUGCGGUUUGGUGCCUGAAGGGCCACG